AUGAGUGUUCGUAAAAUUCAACGAGAUCCAGGACCUUAGACUGAAGGUUAUAAAGGUGUAUUUAAAGGGGUUUCUGAAAAUCUGAAUGUUGGAGUAGGCAAGUAUGCUCCACCAAUUGCUACAGAAUAAAGACAACAUCACUAUAACAUUGGAUGGAAACCAUGGCAAUAAUCAAAUGAAACUGUUUAUGAAGUAGAUUACAAACCAAACUAAGAAAUAGUUAAAAGGGAGAAUGUAGAUAUAUUAUAAUCAUCUUAUAGUGUGCUAAUCUUCAUCCACCUACUAUACAUAUUGAUCAUAUAAAUGUACCUUAUAAAAAGGAUACUCAUUUUAAUUCUGAAUAUAAGAAUUAUAAGGAUUAUCAGAAUCCACCUAGAGCUAAACCUAUGAGAGAUAAGCUUACAUUAAUGGCCACUUAAAUAGUGAUGGGUGAUGAUAAACCAAAUUAUAAAACUACCUAAUUAAUUGCUUAGGAACCUAAACCACCACAAAGAUAAUUAGUUUAUCAUCCAAAACCAGAUAAAUAUGAUAUCAUUACUAAUCAUGAGGUAUAUUGUUAAAAUGUUAUUAUUAUUAGUCUAAUUAAGAACGAAUAAAAAAGGCAUCUGCUUUUGACUAUUGGAAUCCAAUUUCUAAUAAAAAACAUCAAUCAUUCAAUAUUUCUGAGAUUCCUUAAUAUAGAUAAGGUAGUAGAGAUCCUAUUACAGGGAGAUUCAUUUCCUGA